AUGGAGUCGGACCCCAAAACCUCCGAGCCGAAGGCCGGGGUCUGCAGUGCGAGCCGGCCAGCGGAGCAAGCCGUCCCAGUCACCCCCAGGGACUCGGCGGCCGCGUCCUCCAAGGACCUCACGUCCCCCGUGCGUUCGGUGGUGGCCUCCCCGCGCCCCGUGAAGGGCAAGGCGGCGCGGCGGCGGCUCCAGCUCCCGCCGGUCUCUCAAACCGAGACCGGGGACGAGGAGCCCGUGCCCGCGGUGCCCGAGGACCAGGAGGAGGCGCAGCCCCUGCCGCCGCUCUGCGCAUCCCCCAUGAGGGGCAUGUGGCGCAGCGAGAAGGUGGCUCUGUACUGCGACCAGGUGCUGCAGGGCUCGAAGGCAGAAGAUGCAGAUGAAGCUAUGAGCAAAUACCUGUCAGAAAAACUGAGACUUAAGGACACAUGGCUUGGAGUCUGGAAGACUAACCCUGAGCUAUUCUUUGAGAAAUAUGAAGAGGCUUCCAUUCCUUUUGUUGGUAUACUAGUUGAGGUGACAUGUAAACCACGCCAGAACUUGUCUUGUUUCAAAGUGACCGUUUCCGUGGCUGAGCCCUUUUCUUCUAACAUUGCAAACAUCCCGAGGGACUUGGUGGAUGAGGUUCUUGGGGAGAUGGAGUACAAUGCACCUCUCCUGGAAGUGUACCCCAUUGAAGGACAAGGCGCAGAUGUCCAUGAGAUUGCUCUAGCCUUGGAGGUUGUCAGGUUUUUUUAUGACUUUCUCUGGAGAGACUGGGAUGAUGAAGAAAACUGUGAGAAUUACACUGCCCUUAUCGAGGAGAGAAUUAAUCUGUGGUGCGACAUACAGGACGGGACCAUCCCCGGCCCCAUCGCCCAGCGCUUCAAGAAGACGCUGGAGAAGUACAAGAGCAAGCGCGUCGAGCUGAUCGAGUACCAGAGCAACAUCAAAGAAGACCCGUCCGCGGCCGAGGCCGUGGAGUGCUGGAAGAAAUACUACGAGAUCGUGAUGCUGUGCGGCCUGCUGAAAAUGUGGGAAGACCUGCGCCUGCGAGUUCAUGGACCCUUCUUUCCAAGGAUUCUGCGGCGUAGAAAAGGGAAGAGAGAUUUUGGGAAGACUAUAACACACAUCGUAGCGAAAGUGAUGACCACUGACAUGGUAAAGAACUUGUCUUCAGACACACUUCUCCAGCAGCACGAUGAUUUGAAUCUGGCUUUGGACAGCUGCUAUAGUGGAGAUAUAGUAGUCAUUUUCCCGGGAGAAUACCAAGCUGCAAAUCUUGCUUUGCUGACUGAUGACAUCACUAUAAAGGGUGUUGGAAAGAGAGAAGAAAUUAUGAUUACUUCUGAGCCUUCGCAUGACAGUUUUGUGGUAUCCAAAGCUGAUAAUGUGAAGCUAAUGCAGCUCUCUUUGAUACAACAAGGAACAGUUGAUGGUAUUGUAGUGGUCGAGUCUGGUCACUUGACUCUAGAAAACUGCUUGUUAAAGUGUGAAGGAACAGGAGUGUGCGUUCUUACAGGGGCGUCACUGACAAUCACAGACAGUGAAAUAACGGGUGCCCAGGGUGCUGGUGUUGAACUAUAUCCUGGAAGCAUAGCCAUUUUGGAAGGGAAUAAGAUUCAUCAUUGUAAUAAUCUCAGAACCAGUGACAGUUCAAAAAGCACCUUAGGUGGCGUUAACAUGAAGGUUCUUCCAGCACCCAAACUGAAGAUGACUAACAAUCAUAUCUACAGCAACAAUGGCUAUGGAGUGAGCAUUCUUCAGCCAUCGGAACAGUUCUUUAUUGUAGCAGAAGCAGCUCUUAACAAAGCGGCUGCUUCAGGUGAUAAGAAAGAUGACAAAAUGCUCUCCAAAGUCAUGCAAACUCUCAAUGUGGAAAUGAACAACAAUAGGAUAGAGGCAAACUUAAAGGGGGACAUAAGGAUAGUCACCGGCUAACGCAUCUGGAUAGG